AUGGUCAUGUUUGUUUUCAUUUACAGUACAUGCCUGGUGCUGGUACAGAGAGUUGAGGCUGCCGAUCCCGAUCCUCUGGUCGACUUUUCAGCUAACGCAACUACACCAGUCUUCCGCAACAUCUUUGUCAAUGGAGAUGUAUCUGUUGGAUCUGGAGGCGUUCGAGCAGCUCUCGACAUCGGAAAGUUCCCAGGCCUUACGUCCGAGGGUCUGACCGUUGUUCAGUUCAAGAUGGUACCUUGCGGAGAGAAUGUACCGCACACCCACCCGCGUGCCACAGAGGUCCUUUCUGUGAUCAGUGGUGGUCCACUGCAAGCUGGUUUCGUUGACACCAAAGGAGAAGCUCACAUCCACAUUCUGUACCCGGGAGAUCUCAUCGUCUUUCCUCGCGGUUUGCUACAUUUUGAAUUAAAUGUUGGAACAGAAACAGCUUUCUAUAUUUCUGCUCUGAAUAGCCAAAAUCCGGGCACUUUGGACUCCGCUGGAGCAGUUUUGCAAUUGCCGGAGCGUGCAGCUGCUAUAGCUCUCAAUAUUGAUAUUGCAGCCGUCCGAGCCCUGAAAUCACAAAGACCUUACAAUGAGCCCCCGACUCUGGAGGCUGCCAAGCCCGGAGUGUGUGUGCCCGGCCAGAUGAUUACCACCACUGUCUGACAAGAUAUGGAGUGUGUGGACAGUGCGCGACGUAGUUGUAGAAACUGGACUUAUCGUGCACGAGACCUACUGAGGUAGAUAGUUAAAAGUUACCCCAGUCCUCUGCAUUUGUUUAUGUGCACUGGUUCCCGUCAUUUCCUUAGAUCUGACAUCUUGUGAAGCCGUAAGCUAUACUUAUACAAUAAAAAGUGGAAUCUCUAAAUACUUGUUCACUCGGCAGUGUGUUUUAGUGUUGAGGCUUGGGCUUCAAAAUCGUAAGAACAUUUUUUCCA